UGCUUUUCACUCAGCCAACAACAGUCAUUCAAACUUUUUAUUUCUCUUAACCUUUCUAAAGAAAGAAAUACCUUCUUAAAACAAAAUUUUGAAAUCAAAAUCAUUUUUGGUUAAAAUGAGUUCUAGGCUUUUUUGUAAAUCGUCGGACAACAAAUCACGUAGUUAUAUUGCUGAACUUAGUCGUACCAAUCGGCACUCGGACUGCAGCUUUUUGAUUGAGGGAGAGAAUGGCAAUACCAAAACCUUUCCAUGCCACAAAUUGAUCUUUAGCAGUGCCUCUGACGUAUUCGAUCGUAUGCUCUUUGGCGAUUAUUUUGAGUCCUCAAGUGGUAUAGUCCGAAUUAGCGACGUCGAGCCAGAAAUUUUCGAGAAGUUUCGGGAAUAUAUCUACGACUGUGAUUACGAAAAACUUCAAAAGUAUGACUUUGAUACGCUUGUUCGUCUGUGCGAGCUUGGCAAUAAAUAUCUGGUGGACCACAUCCAGGAUGACAUUAUAAGAGUGUUCAUGGACCGCAAGUAUUCCUUUGACAUGGGACAGUUAUUACGUCUAUACCAGUUGGGCCAUCAGAUAACUAGAGAUUCGCUAAUUAAAAAAAUAGGCUGGAAAAUACAGUGUUGUACUUUGGACAAACUGGAACACCCGUUCAUACUUAAACUUAACUUUCACAUCUUUAGGAACUAUUUAUUUUUGAUUACAGGCAAAAUAAACGAAGUACAGCGUUUCAAACUUCUAGAAAAAUAUCUAAAACACAAUAAUAUCGAAGUAACGGAGGUCCAGGAGCCAAUGGUGAAAGUUAAUAAUGAAUCUAGCAAUAACGUGGAGAACGCAGAAGCGGAUAUGGACUCAGCCCGUUCCAGUACGGUCAGCGAGGAGGUCAAGGAUGAUAUGCCUAACGAUUUAAGACGACUGAUUAAUCAGUUUGAAUUUUUUAAAAGCACGCCCGAUGAGUACCAUGAGGGUCCCGGGAAGUCAAAUUUGCUUACCAUGGCCCAGAAGUACGAGCAUAUGUAUGAAAUAGCACAAUACGCCGAAGAGGCUAAAAAGGAACUGAUAAAGAAAUUGCACAUGCAACCAGCUCAACCAUCUCAACCCCAGCGCGUUUUCACCGUAGGCGAACCUUUGGCACGGGACGAACCUACAAGCUCUACAACAUCUCAGCAAUCUCCGCGUGUACAGCUCCUGUUCACCAGUUUGUAAAUUCUGUGCCAUAGCCCGAAAGGUAUAUCCCCAAAAUGAUCAUUUUUAGUUAUUCAUUAUUACCUUAAUAUAUUUUUCAAGUGAUUAAACUGAAUAUGUUCAUACAUUCAUAAAAUAUAAA